UAUUAUUAUUAUUAAAAAUAUUCGUUCGCUUGCUACGCGAACGGCUUGUUCAAAUUGACUUGUAAAGUAGUAACUGCAUACCUAAAUCAUCACAGGCAUUUUAGCACUAAAAAGGAACAAAACCUCUAGAAAAAUCUGGUUAUAGCUAAAAAAUUUACAUAAAUGUACCACAGAGGGACGACAUCAAACCGGUUCAAAAAUUUUAUUGACAUUGUUUCACUUGAUUUGUGUCAUUUUUUAGAAAAAAAAUCUCUUUUUCGCUAAGUAAAAGUCAAAUCAGUGUAGUUUAGAACAAAAAAAAAACACUACCAUCAUGAAACUCAUUAUUUCGGUACUAGUGAUUGGAAAUCUAAAUACAAUAGGAAUAAGUGCUUUGCCCAGCAUCAUACCACCUUGUUCAAGUUCUUCGGAUCCCAGUAAUUGCAUUCAAGGUGUACUGGAACGCAUCAGAACUAGUUUAGCUAAAGGUGAUUUUGGACAAGGAUACGUUACGCCUCCGAUGGAACCCAUGUUCAUUGAUUUGAUGCAGAUAACUGGACCCGAAUUAAAUAUAAAUAUGACAAAUUUGUAUGUCAAGGGUGCAACGACGUAUAAAGUUGGUGCAAUAAAAGCUGACUUUGGAAAGCUGCAGUUCGACAUUAACCUACAAACGCCUCAAUUGACGUACACAUCACAAUAUAGUUUGAGCCAAAAAUUCUCAGCUUUGAAUGUUGAUGUCAAAGGAAAGGGUGAUUUAAGUGGGGUGUUAAGUGGGGUCAAUAGCAAAUUCCGUGUGAAAUUCACCCUUGCCGGUAAUCGUGUUCAGCUUAAAAAGGUGCAAUAUAAGAUGAAAAUUGACAAUGGCCGGUUCAAGAUAAGCAGUUUAUCGAACACGAACGGUGAAAGUGGUAUUGGAGGUGGAAACAGUCAAUUAUUUACAGAAAUUGCGAACAAUUUCAUCAAUUCAGAUCCAUCAUUUAUUUUGCGCAAAAUUGAACCCAGUAUGGAAAAGAAGUUCAUUGAAAUCCUCGAAGAAACAAUCAAUGCAUUGUUAAAGGACACGACAGUGAAUGAUCUGUAUACGGCUUGAGACAACUUCUUUGUCUGAUGAUAUUUAUCAACGAUUAUUUGUAAUAUCUAUGUUUUGUAAACAAAUUAAAUAUGUUAACUACUUACGCUUUUAAAUCCUGUUUCAUCUCAUUGUAGUCGCUUUUUCUUAAGGAUUUUUUUUUUGCUCAAAGUUUCUUAGACAACUCAAACACUUAAGAAGGCAUUUGUUU